GACUCAUGUGGGUGCUCACUAGCUGGAAACAGAGAUGGAAUGGGCUAGCAAUUGUAACAGCCUGGAAGGUCAAAAUACUUCAGACUGAGUUCAGAUUGAGGAUGGCAGCAGGAACAAACAGAGACACACCUUUGCCCCCAAUAAAACAUACAGAUGUCUUCCGAUCUCUCAGCGUUCCUAGAUGGCAGGGAUGCAAACUCUCUUCUCAAGCGUUUUCCACGGGCCAAUGGCUUCCUGGAGGAGUUACGGCCGGGCAACAUUGAGAGGGAGUGUGCCGAGGAGAGCUGCAGCUUUGAGGAGGCCAAUGAAGUGUUUGAAAAUAAGGAGCGAACGAUGGAGUUCUGGAAAAACCGCAGCAUCUACACAGUGAACAGCAAUGCUGAUUCCCGCUUGGAGCGUCCGGACACUGUGUACAUGGUGGUGCCCCUACUGGGCGUGGCUCUCCUCAUCAUCAUCGCACUCUUCCUCAUCUGGCGCUGUCAACUGCAGAAGGCCACGCGCCGGCGUCCGGCCUACACCCAGAACCGCUAUCUGGCUAACCGGAAUGCCCGCAGCCUCCCGCGCAUCCUGGUGCACCGCGACCCUCCCUCGCAUUCAGAGAACUCUCACGCCAAUGACAGGCCCAGCGUGGUGGUCAGCAGUGGCGAGAGGGGCGGGGCUUCGGUCACAUCACAAGACGCCCAUCAUCACACAAGCCACUCUCAGAACAAUCGCUCCCUGUAUGUGCAAGAUUCGUCUUUGUCCGUGGCUUCCCACCUGUCCGGGGCGACCCCACCGCCAUCCUACGAGGAAGUUACCGGCCACUUAGAGAGCAGCAGCGAUGAGACGACAGCCCCUUAUAGUGAUCCUCCACCCAAAUAUGAGGAGAUAGUGCUAGAAAAGUGAGAGCUUUCAUAAAAGAGGACUCAUAUAGCGGUAACCAAAUGUUAGGGAUGCACUGGUUCCCAAGCACUUAUCCUAAUGUGGCUCUGAACAGAGUGUGCAGGCUAUGUUUGUGACGGUCUUCUUGUGUCGUAGAUGGGUUCGUGGACUGCACUGGUAAACGUGGUUGUUUUUCAAGUUGCAAAGGGUCCUCCUGCCUUCACACUCAUGCAGCCUUCUCACUAUUUCCGUGUACCUUUUCACUCCUCCUACGACCUCUCACACCACUACCCACGGCUGCAGUGGCUGCCCUUCGAAAAGAAAAUUUGUAUUAGUAAGUGAAGAAGAGAUAUAUCCCUCACGAGAGUUGCCAAGUUGUGCACUGCAUGGUAAUCGCAUCAGGCAUUAAGCUUCGGAGCCUGCUAGGAAUCGAAAGGAGCGUUAAUUCGGGAAAACAAGAUGAUGUGCCAAAUCUAAUUGGUGUAUGGUAGAAAUUUUCAAACACACUGAAUAUUUAUAGUGUGUGUGUGCUGUCCUUUCAUGUGUUCAUGAAAUUGUUAUUUCACAAUUCCCUUAUACCACGUAUACUAAUACCAGCAGUAUCUCUGAUCCAUGCCAACGUCCUUAGAAUUAAUAAUGCACUCUUACUUGUAACACUGAUGGGAACAGAACAAAUGCGAAAUACAACAUCCAAAUCACAUAUCUGUAAAAUUGAAGACCGUCGUGUGGAAAAUGCACUCACAGGUAUGCACACAAUUCGAUUGUUUACAGACACAUACAAAGAAAUUUGCAUAGAAUGUAAUGUGUUUGUUUCGUGUGAAGAUAGGCCUUAGAAACGUGUAAGAAUAGUCAAUCAAAUAGUCUGCUCAGUUGCUUGUGAUUUUACGGUUAUUGUGAGAUUUUACCUCAAAUGCUGUGCUCACACAAUCACUUUCUCCCAAGACACAAAUGCACAAAAACUCAAACACACACACACACAAAAAAACUGUUUGGGGCCCAAUCAUUGGAUAAUACAACAUUCCAGGCCCUCAAUUUUUUUGUUUUGUUGUUCUCACCGUUGUUCUUAGACUGUUUACAAUGUGUUUUAUUACUCUUUUUUAAUAACAGCGUAAAAACCGUGUGAAUUUGUACAAAGCUUUCUGUGGCUUUCGACAUCACCAGGUGCUAUACUGUACUAUAAUGCUGCUUGUUCUCACCUUGUUUCCCUCCUCAUCACUGUCUCUCUGUGUAUACACCUUGUGCUCUAACUAGUCAACCAAACUGCCCAUCUAUUAAAUGCGGCUGAAUCACGGUUUCCAGCUCAGGUUUAAGCCAUUGAACUGCUGCCAUUGUAGUAAAUGUGUAAAUAAUCUCUCACAUUGCCAACUUUUGAGUGACUGGGAUAUUCGACUUAAGGCGUGGUCACGUUUACCAACGUCAAUGAAUUUUUGCAUGCAAAAUGCAGUUAUUUGCGCUGAGGGCGUAAGAUUGCCUUAGGCAGAUUUCACAACAUUUACUCAAAUUAGAUGUUUUGACCACAACAUUUUGCGAAUGUGACCAGACUUUAGCGUUGUGAUGGGAAUAUUGCUGUAUUAAUCCAAUAUAAAUGUAAAAGUGACAUUGCAAGGCAUCAGUGGGUUCUUAGGCAAAGCACUAAAACUAAUGAAGCCUUAAUAUAAUUGUGCUGAAAUCACUGUAAUAUAAAAUGCUAAUGCAAAAAGGGUUAGAACUUUAACAUGACCAAACGCUUUCAUCCAAACAGUAGAUCAGACAGAUUGAAUAUAUAUACAAACACGGUAUUUGAAAGAUGCACUGGGGAAGAGGGGUUUGACCUUGCGUCUGCUCAUUGAUAAUGGAGGAAUCGCAAACUGCUCACUUGGCUUGGGGCUCGGCUCAAGUCUCUUGUGCCUCUUACUCCAGCCGCAACAAUCAAUCCCACAAUGCCCUGACAGACUGUCUUUUGUGCUGAUGGAGCACCCAGCUCAGUAGAUGGUAUUGAUAACGGCUGGCACGGACCGCAGAUCAGUUUCAGGCUUGGUUGCUGUUGAAAGACUGAUAAGAGAAUAGCAUAGACGACUCACUAUAGCAGAUGAUUAGUGUUAAGAGAUGAGCUGGACUGCUGGUAGCUUCAGUGAGUUGUAAGUUAUGGCCGAACGUCACAAUGCCGCAUAAAGCAACAGGUUUCUAUUGUAACAACAUCAUGUCAGAGGUAGCAAGAACUGAAGAUAAUUUCAAGUGUGGUUUAUCGUUGUGUUUAUUUUAGACCAAGAGAGAACUGUAUGCGUGAAGAAAUGUGUCGGAGAAUAUGUGUGUAUAUGUGUUCGUAUCUAUGCCUGUUGCCAGCACUCAUGUUCCUGUCUAGCCUUUGUGCUAGUAAGAAUGUGCCACAGAAGCCACGGGCUUUAGUUUAUAUGCUAAAUAUAUGUUAUAUCCUAAACCAAAACAUGA